GGAAAUUGCGUGGACAUUGCAAAGUCGGAAUAUGUACCAGUUGGUCGACGCUGCUGGGUCUCAUUAAUCCAUCGGCGGAAACAUGCUAUCGGAAUGCGGCGGGUUGGUGCACUUCAAGAAGAGACUAAAGCCUUGCAAGCAACGGUCUCGAGAACUAAUUCGCGUUUUCGGAGGAUAAGAUGAGCAAAAGUGUGGAGUUACUCGCUGGAUCGGAGGACAGUGAGCCAAUACCUACGAGUAACACCAGCGCCCAAGAGAGAUCCAGACUGAACUUGAACGGGAGCCGUCAGCUCUCGAAAAGCGCCACGGAGCUCCGAGACAACGAGAUCGCAAAUAGCUCGCCGUCGAGGCGAGGUGAUGGAUCGGGCGAGUCCGGCAUCAUUCAUCAUCAUCGGCAUCAUCGGCAUCACGGCACGGUGGCCCAGCGUACCCACACUUUCUUCGCGACUCUGAAAAGUCGCUGGUCGCGCAGCAGGAGCAAGGAGCGGAAAAAAUCCAAGGAUGCCGGUAGCGUGCAAUCGCAGGACGCGGGCCAACUAAAAAAUCUUGGUGUCGAGUCCGACUAUGCCGCCGAUUAUUCCUCUGAGCACAGCAGAAGUUCCUCAGCCACUCAGAGCCCGGCCAGGCACUGCCUCAAUCGCCCAGAAUCUCCGUUAGCACGCAGUAGCCGAGAAAAGACUGUGAUUGUGCAAGAAGAUAACGCCGGAAAAUGCAGCGAAGGAUUCUCCAAAGGACCUGUGAGCUUUCAGAAGGAAGGAUAUACAAGCGAGGAACUUCAGGGUUCCUACAGUCAAGACGGCGACUUUCUUCACGACGAGAUGAUACGAAGGAGAGAACAGGCGUUGAGACAACAUGCUUUCUUCCAACUUCGUUUGCAUAUAAGAAGAGGCGCAAAUCUCGUCGCGAUGGACAGAUGUGGCGCCAGCGAUCCUUAUGUGAAAGUAAAAUGCUCAGGGCGAUUGUUGCACAAAUCGCGAACCGUUCAUCGUGAUUUAAAUCCAGUUUGGGACGAAAGUGUUACUUUACCGAUAGAAGAUCCUUUUCAGCCACUUACUAUCAAGGUUUUCGAUUACGAUUGGGGUCUACAGGAUGACUUUAUGGGGGCUGCUCUGCUGGAUCUUACGCAACUCGAUCUCGGACACUCUCAGGAUAUAACGUUAGAACUUAAAGAUCCAGACAGACCAAAGCAACAUUUAGGCGAAAUCUACCUGACAGCUACACUUUGGCCAAGGAAUCAACAAGAAAAAGAACAGUACACUCAAUCUGUAUUUGAGCUUAACAUAUUCGAAGUCGAUUUCACAACACAUCCGAAGUUGGGAAAAAUAGCGAUCGACAAAAUAUGCAAAAUUAAUAUCAUGCAGAGUGAGAAUCCGAACGAAACUGUGCUCGUCGCAUCUAAAAUGAACACCGCGUCCAAAAUAGACCUCUUAUCUAAAUUAAAUGUCGCAAGUGAACUUCAUACUGUGCCUAAGAUCGAAGUUACGUCAGAAAUUAAUUCUACGCCUCAGGACGACGUUGCAGCCAAGACAAUGGCUAUGUCAGGGAAGAACUCUGUCGAUGAUGUAUCUAAAACUGAUGCUACGUCUGAAAUUUACGUAGUUUCUAAUGCGGAUAUGGUGUCUAACAAAGUAGAUGAGUUGCCUACCGAUAAAUCAUCCGAUAUUAGCGUGCCUUCCAGAGGAUUGCGUCGAAAUAAACUCGCGGAUCAACAAGAGAAACGACAUUCCAUCACGGUAUUGGAUCGAUCCGUAUCAAAACAAAAAUUCGAGAAGGAUUUUGCCGAGGCGAAAUGCGACGCUACCGUAAGCAUUGCCGGCGUCUUGGCAUCGGAUGGCAAUUUUUGCGGGAAUAUUCGAGUCGAGGAGAAUUCGAGAGAAUCGAGUUCUGUCGCAGGCGAAAAAUCGAGGAUUCAGCAUACGUUUGCAGUUAAAGAACUCCCGAAGAUGAAACGAGCCGAAGGACUAUCUGUCAAAACGACUUCCGAACUUACGGAGGAAGGAUCGAGCGCUGUCGAAAGCGAGAAAUCGAAGCUCGAGGAAGCAUCGGCGAUGAUAGGAGUUUGGAAGAGGCGAAUGAUUGAAGGAUCGUCCACUGAAAAUCUGUCUGGGAUCAAGAAACGGAAGACAAAGGAUUCGUUAAGAAGUUCUCUGAGGCGGAAGGUGGAUUUGAUAGAGAGAAUAUUGGAGGAUCAGGUGGAACGAAUCUGGGAGGAGAACGUGGAAAAGCAUACGUGGCUGCAACCGAUCGAAACAUGGAUCACUGAUCACCGCAGGCCUUCUGGCUACACGUUAACUCACUGUCAACUCGAUACUGACGCAACCGAUAGCUUGACGGAUAUUAAUCAGGAUAUUAUAUCGGAAUCCACGUACGAUUUCAAGUUCACACCGGCAAAGGGUGAAGACGAGGAACCGAAAAUUGAGAGUGGACUGAUGGAAAAUCGACGAACCGCGAGGAACGACGAGCAAAGGACCGAGAGCAAAAUCACCGAACAUUGGCGAAGAUUACGAAAUCGGACUGCUUCUCCAAAAUCGGAUCGAUUUGAGCCAGCGAAUUCAAUCACGCAGCUAAACAAUCAAGAAGUUACUUUCUCAGAUACGGAAAAUGUAGAGGAUAAUGUUGCAAAUGUUUUAAACGAUUCCGGCGUUUUGGAAGUGAAAGAAGUCAAACGCUACGAUCUUCUGGACAGAUUGAAGGACAAUGUUAAAGGAAAGAUGGAGGACAUUCAUAGGUAUUUUCAGAGAACUAAUCGAUUGGCGGACGUGAAUAGACGAUUGAAAUCACAAAUAUGGAGUUCGGUGGUGACAAUUGUGCUCGUGGAGGCAAAGAAUUUGUUGCCAAUGGACAUAGACGGUUUGUCGGAUCCUUACGUGAAGUUUCGGCUCGGCACGGAGAAAUACAAGUCGAAAGUCGUUAACAAAACACUGAAUCCAAUUUGGUUGGAGCAGUUCGACCUUCAUCUCUACGAGGAUCCGUAUUUAGGACAAGAGUUGGAAGUGACUGUUUGGGACAGAGAUAGGAGUCAUCAGGACGAUUUAAUGGGCAAGACAAUGAUCGAUUUGGCGACUCUCGAGCGGGAAACGACGCAUCGGCUAUGGCGCGAACUCGAGGAUGGUUCGGGCAAUAUCUUUUUACUUUUGACGAUAAGCGGUACUACAGCCAGCGAGACAAUCAGCGAUUUGGCCGUACACGAGGAAACGCCAAUAGAACAAGCACAAUUGGUCCAACGGUAUUCCAUUACAAAUACUUUACAGAGGAUACGUGACGUAGGUCACCUGACAGUAAAGGUAUAUCGUGCACAGGGUCUUGCAGCUGCUGAUCUCGGUGGUAAAAGCGAUCCUUUUUGUGUUUUGGAGCUUGUAAAUUCUAGAUUACAAACGCAAACGGAGUAUAAAACUCUCACGCCGAAUUGGCAGAAAAUUUUCACCUUUAAUGUAAAGGACAUCAAUUCCGUUCUGGAGGUGACGGUGUACGAUGAAGAUCGGGAUCAUAAGGUGGAGUUCCUCGGGAGGAUGGCGAUACCGUUGUUAAAAAUUCGUAACGGUGAAAAACGAUGGUACGCAUUGAAGGACAAGAAACUGAGGGGUCGCGCGAAAGGAAACUGUCCUCAAAUUCUUUUGGAAAUGACCGUCAUAUGGAACAUAUUGAGGGCGUGCAUUCGAACUCUUAAUCCGAAGGAAAAGAAGUAUAUGGAGCCGGAAGUGAAAUUCAAAAGACAAGUCUUUCUGCGAAAUGUUCUCAGGCUCAAAGCUAUUAUUGUAAUAUUCAUCGACAUAGGGAAAUACAUACAGAGCUGCUGGGAAUGGGAAAGCAAGAUGAGGAGCAUCUUCGCUCUGGUAAUUUUUAUUCUUGGAUGUUACUACUUCGAACCGUAUAUGAUACCGGGCGUGGCAUUAUUGAUUCUUCUAAAGUAUUAUCUGCUUACCGGCGAAAGGAGCGGGUUCAAUCAUUGGAUUUGCGGACAGGUCGCAGUGGUAACGGGCGCACCUUUAAUAUACGCAACUUCGCAGUUUCAAGAUCAUGCAGAGAUUGGGUCCGACGAUUGCCCGCCGACACCGGGGGACGAUGACGAUGACGAGGACGACAAAGACAAAGAGGAGAAGAAAAGUCUGAAGGAGCGUUUACAGGCGAUUCAAGAAGUGACGCAAACAGUCCAGAACUCGAUCGGUUAUAUAGCUAGUCUUUGCGAGAAAGUGAAGAAUCUCUUCAACUUCACGAUCCCCUAUUUAAGCUACCUGGCAAUGCUUCUGGCGAUUGCUGGGGCGGUCGUGCUCUAUUUUAUUCCUGUCCGGUAUUUAAUUCUCGCUUGGGGAGUCAAUAAAUUCUCUAGAAAAAUCUUCAGGCCUCACUCCGUACCCAAUAACGAGGUCCUCGAUCUUAUAUCCAGAGUGCCUGAUGAUGAAGAAUUACUUAAUUAUAGAGAACUAAAACCUGUGCCGACAGCGGAUUGCGAGAGAGGCGGUAGUUCGGGCAGUCCCAGUUCGAACGCGGCGAGAAGAGAGCAAAGAAAGAGGCACAAGGCGGCGUAGCAGAAUAUCCCGCGGCCGGAUGUCGCGGGUCCAAGGUCAUCCAGUAUCCUUAAAUCGGUCCUGCUGCGCCGGAAAUUGCGACAGCGAAAGGGAUCAGCGGAAAAUACGGAUGUGAUUGACAUAGACUGAAUAUUCGUUCAUUUUGUACCCUCCCUCGGUCGUGACAGCCUCGAAUCUAACGUCAGCCGUUAGCGAAGAUAUCGCACGUGGUGUGCCUCGAAGAAGAGAGAGAGAGAGAGAGAGAAGUAAAAAUGUAGCAAAUAAUGACAAAUAUUAACGCCGAAAGAGAAAACCAAAUUGAAUUUACUUUGGAUGUAUGUGAUACAUUUAUUACGUGAUAAUGAAAACAAGGUUCUAUCGCGCAAGAUGAAAUACACUGCGGUAUGAACAAACGAUUGAUGAUCAUGUGAUACGUUUUAGAGCGCAUCACGUUAAAAGAGAGUAUAAAA